GCGGCGGCGGCGGCGGCGGACGAGCGGAGCGUGUACAUCAUGCGGGUGGUGCAGAUCGCCGUCAUGUGCGUCCUCGCCCUCACCGUCGUCUUCGGCAUCUUCUUCCUCGGCUGCAACCUGCUCAUCAAGUCCGAGGGCAUGAUCAACUUUCUGGUCAAGGACCGGCGGCCGUCCAAGGAGGCGGAGGCGGUGGUGGUGGGGCCCUACUGAGCGCCGCCGCCCCGACGCCGCCCGCCCCGACGGCUGCGGGGCCGGGGGAGCCGGGGGCAAACGGGGGCGGCCCGGGGAGCAGCGCGGCGGCCCCGGGGAGCGGUUGUCGGGCAGGUGCCGAAGUAAAAGGGGCCGUGAGGGCAACAGGGCCGGCCGUUCGCCUGCCCUCCGCCUCGCCGCGGCUCGCCGUCGGGGGUCGGGGAGCGGGGAAGCGGCGGGGACAGCCCGCGGGGCUGCGCCACCGGCCGGGGUCCCGCCGCCCGUCCUGGCCUGGGGCUGCCCCACACCGCCCCACAUCGCUCCACAGCCACUCCUGGGGCUGCCCCGCGACACCCCCGGUGCGUGGCCCCGUGCCCCCGUCCAGAGAACAGUGCGAGUGCAUCCGACUGCCCGCCUGGAGGGUCGCCAACAGGGAUAACAGAACGUCUUUCUAUGAGAGGCUUGCAUAGCUGUUUAUCAUAUCCCUGAGGGCUUGGACUGGUUGCCAGCGAUAAAUCAAUGUGGCCACAUUUGCUGUGGGAGGAGUGGAACCGGCACAAACGCUUGCUGGGGACUGCAGCAGCGGGAUGGGUGCGGAAAGGCUCGAGCCCCGUAAACCAGCUCUCCCUCUUGACACCCUGAGUUCUGGAGCAAGACUGUUAAUUGUCGCUGUUUGUAAUGCUGCUAAUAGCUGUGAAGUUUUCUGGAGGAGCUAUGGGGACUUCAGACUGCUCGGUUUUCCCUCACUUGCUCUUGAGCUGGUGCAAAGAUGGCCAAACCACCAAAUUAUUAUGGGUGUUGUUAGGAGAUGCUAUUACAAGUUUCCCCUUAGAUAGACUAAGGUGAAACUUAGCAUUUACAGCACGCACCAGAGCUUAAAAGGGUGUGAAAUAAAGCUGGAGCCUGAGACGACCUCUUGACUGUGAAUAAACUUUUGGUAGAAAAUGAGACAAAACAGAAUUUCGCAAUGUAGUAUGAUUCCCUAAGAUGAGCAGAAAUCUCAGCCGUGUACUCAUUUAAGGGAAAGAAAAAGAACAGAUCUGCCUGUUCUCUCGGGAACAAAUACGCUAUGGAAUUUGUCAUUAAAUCAAAAUAAACGUUACUAAGCUAUCUAUCAACUGAAACAUCAGUGAGAAAUUUAA